AUGGGUGUGAUGGAGAAGCCAUAUGCUGACGUUGUAAGUAGAGUAUCAAUUAGCCUCAAGAAAGAAGGGCUCCUGACCAUUAGAAAUGGGGAGACAAAAGCCGCCUGGCAUCCUGGUGGGUAGAGGGGUGGGCAGUUAGAUGAGGAUGCAGGGAAAGAGAGCUGGCUCACAUUCAGACAUGAUGGUGACCACGCACCCUUCCUCCUGCAGAAAAUCUCACGUCCUGGAGAACUACCGGGUUUUGUUAGGAAACACCCAGCUGUACCAGCACACCAGGCACACCCAGAAGUUACCUGUGAGCCAGAUUAUCGUGUACCCAGACUUUGAUAAAUUUCACCCUUUUGGGAAUGACAUAGCCAUGUUGCAGCUGCUCUUUCCUGUGAACGUCACCUCCCACAUCAUCCCCUCCUGCCUCCCAGCUCCUGGCAUGCAGCUGCCCAGUAACUCGUCCUGCUGGAUAACGGGCUGGGGCAUGCUCAGUGAGGAAAGGCCUCUGCUCGAGCCCUUCCGUCUCCAGGAGGGGAAGGUGGGCCUCGUUGAGAACAAGUUCUGCAAUAUGUUAUAUGAACAAAGAGUUGGCCAAGGCAGGAACUACUCUGUGCAUGAGGAGAUGCUGUGUGCUGGGGACUUCUCGACAGGAAAGGCCAUCUGCUGCGUGAGUGAGGCCAUUUCUGUUCCUCCCUUGCGUGUUCUCAGGGCCUCAGUUUCCCUGGGGAUGGGGGGGGUGUUGCCUCUGCUCUCCUUGUGGAGACCCCCAGGACGUCCUGCUUCCUCCCUCUCCGUGUCUUCCCGGGGCUCCAGCCCUUGGCAGCGUUCCCCCGGCUGCCCCUUCCUGAGCCCAUUGUCCCUGAGGGCGUUACUGGCAGGACCUCAGACAGCGUCUGUUUUUGAGGCCUAUUUUACAGUUUUGAUUGAGGUGUAACAUACUUACAAAAAAGUAUAUUCAUAGUGUUGUCAUAGGUGAGUGGUGGGCGAAUCUUCACAUAGUGACGCAACAUGUGACCAACACCCCGGGGCCCCACUCGUGUCCCUUUCCAGUCACCAGCACUCAGGGGAAACCGCCACCUUCACUUGCAACACCUCAGAUUAGAUCAUGGGUUUUCUGUAAGUAGCAUUUAUUUCCAGUUGUCAGUCUUUCAUGGUCACAUUCUGUG